UCAAACAUUUAAAAAAAAUGGUUACUUUGAUUACCAAUUUGCAUGGAUUAUUUGAUUUGAUUCAAAAUCAAUUAAUAGGAAGAUUUUAUGUUGGGUUUCAACAAAUGUAAAUAAUCCUUUAGUGUGGAAAAUUGGCUGUUGUGAAAAUGGGUGGAAAAUGAUGCUUUGGUGUGGGUAAAAUAGACUUCAGAGGGCAAAGUGAGGUCUUAACUGCUCUUCUGGAACUAAGCACAGAGGUACAUGGUGUUCACAUUAAUGAGUGAGCUCAAACAGAGAUAAAUGUAAAACCAGCCCAUAUUCUUAUAAAAAACCCAGACACAAAGGUCACAGACAGCGCAAAACGAGAUGCAUUUCAUCCUAAAAAUUAUGAAUUACAAAUUGAUUUUCAAAGCCACGGCAUGCUGAUAAAAGCAGAAGGACAUGCUUUCCCCUCCCAUAUAGGCGAUGUGUCGAACACCCUCUGUGGACCUUGUAGGAAUAUCUGGGCAUGUUGGAUGACAUUUCACCAUUUUAUUUUAUUUUAUUACAACAUUCAUGACCACUGCUUCUCCAUGAUGACAUUCCUGUGUUUUAACUGGAUGUCCAUCACAUUUCAACAUAAGACUGGGUUUGAUUAUAUUUCAGUGACUUUUAUUCAAAAGGUGAGAGGUUUUUGUAUAAUGUGCUAAUAAUUACUUUUUUUUAAAGAUAGACUAUUAUUUUGAUUUCAGUUUGAGGAAACUUUGAGAACAUAGAAAUAUAAAAUAUUCAAUUUGAUAUCAAGAUGUCAAAAUGUUUUUAUAUUAAGGAUUUAUAAAGUAUAUUGUUAAGUGAUUGUAGAUUUAAGGAUAGGUCACAGGCACAAUUUUGUACAGCCUCCCACCACAAGGAGGAAUACUUGGAGAAGCUUUUAUACUGCUACGCAACACAUCAUAACCUCCGACCGAAUCUUGAAAACGCAUCUCGUCGAGCAGAUUUGCGGUUUGAACUCGGACUAAAACACGAAAAACUCAUAGUAAAAUGGACACUGUGAACACCUCCAUCGCCGAUUCCACGGAGAUGAGGGAGGUAAGUGAUUUAAUGGAGAAAUAUACGGACGAGAUGCUGGCGCACGCCAAAGUCUCCGUGCGUAAUUUUGGAGAGUCGGGGUCUUUACGCAGCAGCGCGCCUGGAUCAAGCAUCGACCCCGUGGCUAAUCUUUCUGUCCUCGAUUUGCCCCUCGGCAAUAAACCAUAUACUGAUCACAUGGAUGAAUUUCUGAAAGUCGAACCCGGACAGUGGAGCGUAAUAUCAAACAAAUCCCUUAAAGAGACAUUUGCACCGGAGAGCUCAUCUGGGAUGAGCGCGUUUAUCAAAGACGAGCAGGAGCAAUCUCUGAUCAUGGAAUCCCACAACACUGACUUCGACCUCAGCGCUUUGAAUAGCUGCUGCGAUCCCGAAAACAAACAACAGUGUGGGUACAUUGAAAAUACAACAGCGUUGCUUUCAUCUCAAAGUGCCCAACAGGUAGUAGUGGACAGUUCUUCUAACUUUCAACUGGACGUGAGUCAGUCUAACGCAUUGGUUUUGCCACCUGAGAGGAGAGCAUCGCCUUCUCUCGGUAGGGCUAUGCUUAAUUUCAAUGGUACGAGCGCGUCUCCAGUCAUAUCCAAAACGGACAUCUCUAAAUGGGUGGUCCAGCAGUCUCCUGCGGACUCUCAGUUCUGGUAUCAGUCCGCUAAUAUGAAUGAAGAGCACGCAGGCUUCUCAUCCCCAGAUGGUUUCAUUCAGCAUUCACAUACAGCCUACAGUUUGUUCCCAGGGGUAACCUCUCAAAGAAUGUGUGUCAUAUGUGGAGACGAAGCGUCCGGUUGCCACUAUGGAGUUCUUACCUGUGGAAGCUGCAAGGUGUUUUUCAAGAGAGCCGUGGAGGGUCACCAUAAUUACCUGUGUGCCGGACGCAAUGACUGCAUUGUUGAUAAAAUCCGGAGGAAAAAUUGUCCUGCGUGUCGUCUUAGAAAGUGCUACCAGGCGGGAAUGAUGCUUGGAGGUCGUAAGAUGAAGCGCUUCGGAGGUUUAAAGGUGAUGGGUCUGAGUCCCUCUCUGAUGUUUCAGAGUCCUUUGUCUCUGAUGACCGAUUUUCAGACCGUGUCCUCCCUGCCAUGUCUGCCGGCCCUCCGUGAGCUUCAGUUGUCUCCACAGAUGAUCAGUAUUCUGGAGAGCAUUGAACCGCAGGUGGUUUACUCUGGUUUUGACAACUCGCAACCCGAGGUUCCCCACCUUCUCCUCAACAGUCUCAACAGACUUUGUGAGAGGCAGCUUCUCUGGAUUGUCAGGUGGUCCAAGUCUCUUCCAGGUUUUCGCAGUUUGCACAUUAAUGAUCAGAUGACACUAAUCCAGUAUUCCUGGAUGAAUUUGAUGGUGUUCUCGCUGGGCUGGAGGACGUUUCAAAACGUCACCACAGAUUAUCUGUACUUCGCUCCAGAUCUCGUCUUAAGUCAUGAUCAGCUGAGGAGAUCUCCGAUCUAUGACUUGUGUUUGGGCAUGCAGUUCAUUCCACAAGAAUUUGCCAACUUGCAAGUGACCAAAGAAGAGUUUCUGUGCAUGAAGGCCUUGAUGCUGCUCAAUACUGUUCCUCUUGAAGGAUUAAAGAGUCAGUCGCAGUUUGAUGAGAUGAGACAAAACUACAUCUGUGAGCUGACUAAAGCCAUCCAGCUGAAGGAGAAAGGAGUGGUGGCCAGUUCGCAGAGAUUUUACCAUCUGACCAAACUAAUGGACUCUAUGCAUGAGAUUGUGAAGAAGGUCAACCUCUACUGUCUGAGCACAUACAUCCAAGCAGACGCCAUGAAGGUGGAGUUUCCUGAGAUGAUGUCAGAGGUCAUCGCAUCACAGCUGCCUAAAGUUCUGGCCGGCAUGGUCAAACCCCUCCUCUUUCACAAGUGAUGUCACAACAUCCAGAUAUAUUAUUUUAUGAUGCUUUAUGUGUACGACACCCAUCUUUGGUGUAUCGUUUUAAUCCUAAUUUACAUUUACUCAAGAGGCGGCCUACCAGUAUUUAUUUCACUGUGCCUGGAUGACCCUAGCUAUGAAUGUAUAUUUAUUGCAAUUGCACCCAAAAAGUUGUGUUCAAAAUUGGCAGAUAAUUUCAACUGAUAAUGGAAAGAGUUAUUAUUAUAAAUUUGCAUCCAAAAAUCCAUCAUGAACUGUUACGAAUGUUUUUUAUCUUUUCUUCUGAACUAAGAUCCCAAUAUCAUCAGAAUUUUCAAAUAGUUGCAAACAUGAUUAAACCAGUCAGCUAUAUAUAUAUAUAUGAUUUUGAUCAAAAACUUAAACUGUGUUUAAAAAAAGUUUUUUUUCUUCACAUAAAUGUCAUGUGUAAUAUUACACAAUUCAGUGAUUAAAAUAUCUGUUAGCUAAAAAAAUAUUUAAUAUUUUUAUACAUUUAACACCAUUUUGUUGAUGUGAAACAGCUGAUUUAUGAGGACAGCAAAAGUCAAUAGAAAUAAAACUGAAAUGAACAAUAACCUAAAUGUUCACAAAUAAGCAUUUAUUUAAAAAAAAAAAGAAUGACAAAUAGCCCCGGUCUCCAAAUCAUAUUUAUUUGAUGCCUUAUGGUCUCAGGUUGAACUUCUAGGUAUGCGAGUGCUCAUCUUUUUAAAAUUGAUAAUGAAUAAACAUUCAUACAUGUAUAAUAACGAUAAUGACCAUAAUUUACCAGUAAAAAUACAGGAGUGUUUUAUCGAAGCUGAAAAUCCAAACCAGACAUUUGUUAAAAACUAUUAUAUCAUAGAUAUUUUACCAUAGUCUAAAUUAUAAAGACAGAAUAUAAUCUUUUGUAGUAUUAAAUUGCUAUAGAUUUUUAGAAACUUGCAAAAAAUAUUUCAGAAUUUUUAUGUGUGCACAAAUAUCAUUUUAUUCAUUUGUAUCAUUUUGUUUUUUGUUGUUACUGUUAUUUUAUUGUAUGUAGACGUCUUGUAAAUGUUCCCGAGUGUGAGGAUAAGGAAAUAUGAUCUAUCGCUCAUGGAUUAUACAGUAAAAGAGAACGUUCACAUUUUUAUGGUCCGAUCUUACAACUAAUCCAAAACUAACCUUCGAGUCACUUGUGAUUGUACAUUUACUUUGUCAAAUAAAAACUUCAUGUGAAAUAUCGAAUAAAAACAAUGAUUGUGUAA